CGACUCUCAAACUGCCACCAGCCAGCCACAAGCUGUAACACUUUGUGUGCGUUACCCCAAGAAGCCCCCACUAGUACUAGGCUAGUGGUCCUAUAUGCCUCGCCCUCAGCCCUUGGGCAAAAAUUCGAACGUGGCCCAAAGUCGUAGCCACCCUUGGCCUCCCGGAUUGUCCUUUCGUUUCCCAUCUGGGACAGCUUGUCGCCCGCUGCUACGUGUUCGAGAAAUAUGAGCAAAGGUGGCUUUCCAUUUCAACAAUACCACAACCUGCAUGAAGCCGUCGAUCAUAACCAACAUCAACAUCCGCAACAAGCGAUGCAUCCACAUCAGCGAUACGAGCAGCCACAAGAGAUGCUCCAGGAUCAGAAUCGAAGCGUGCGACCGCAACAUCAGCAGCAGCAGCAGCAACAGCAACAGUCGGCAGAGCAGCAAGAUCAACAGCGCCAGGAGGUGUGCCAGGAUCUGCGACAACGCAUCGACAUGAACGACCGACCGGAUUUGAAGCCGUCGGAGAAGCAGCUGAGAACUGCUUGUGAGGCUUGUCGCUAUAGGAAGAUCAAAUGCUCAGGAGAACCUGAAGGGUGCGAACACUGUCGCAGCAAGCAGCAAGAAUGCAUCUACUACCGCCGUCUCAAAGCUGGCCGUCCCUUCAACGCAAGCAAGGCGAUCAGCAGUAGCGCCAGUCCAAGUUCAUCCACUCCCUCUUCGCCGGCCGCUGAGGGCUCCCCGUCAUCGUCCAUGGCGGACAUCACCGCCAUCCGCAAUGGCGUACCCGUCCGCCUCCCGCGGCCUAUGCCCGCAGCAUCCGCAUCACGCCACGGAGCAAAUCGCCGCGGUUCCUCCGCGAUGUCCAUUAGCGAUCAUGGCUCGCCUCGUGACUCGCCGUCUCCUUUCGGUACCGCCCCUCCUCCAUCAAGGCCAGUCAAUGCCAGCGAAUCGGCGUUUGAUGAAGAGUUCCGCAUGUAUACGUUCCCGAUGUCGGAUUCGAUUGCUGGGCAUGACGAGUCUGGUUCCGGGUUUACUGACCCUGCGUAUGGCAAGGACGAUCAAGCGCAUCAUUCCACUUCACUUCGUAAGUUGACCCCGGAGUGCAAGAGACGGUCGCUGUCUUCAUAUGUUUCUACAAACUGUCCAAAUCAGAAAGCGUCCAGAAUCGCUGAAGAAGCGCCGCAGUCGUUGAGCGCUCCACAUAGUGAGGAACAACUGCAUCAUGUGUGUUUGUUCUCUCUCGUGCAUCAGCAGCUCUUACACGUUCGCAACACGAAGAAUGGCUCGAGCCAUGAAAAACCACGAUGCUCACUGGCCGCCGCAACAGCCCACACGGGCUCGUCCGUGGUCCGCUCGGCAUUCACGUCGUACGCGUCCGUACCACCCACCAACAAAGGCAAAGCACCCACCGCGCAAGCUCCUCCCAAAACUUUAUCACCCGUCGAAGGCCUCCAACUCACCGAAACCUUCUUCAUCACGCACCCGCUCUCCUACCUUGUCAACAAGACCCUCUUCAUCCAAUCCGACGGCUUCAUCUCCCGAGACAGUCCGCUCUUCCGCGCAGUCACCACCGCCGCAUACGUUGCCCGCAAGUCCAUCGGGAUGUGCGACUGCGAAGCUGGAUCGGAAGACCAAGACAUUUUUGCCAUGGACGGCGGUGACGAUGCGGAAACGGCCGCUGCGUGCUCGUUUGAUGAUGCGUAUGCUGCGCGGCCCAAGCAUGAUCCUGCCGAGGAUGCGCUAGAGACACUGCAAGCGUACCUGAUCAUGAUCCUGCAUCGCUUGGCUACGUUGACGCCAAAGGAUGUGCUGGAGUGGCGCGAAACGGGCAAGCGGCUGCAGUGCACUUGGAAGCUUGCCCAGCGGUGGCGGCUACGGACUGCGUCGAGGAAGGCAAGCCUCCCUUCGUCGAGCGACUCCUCACACCCGUCUCCUCCACCACCAUCAUCGUCAACACACGGCACAAGACAAUCCAUCACCCAAGACGACGUGGAACGCGAGAUCACCAACUUCUGUUGGUGGACCUGUGUCCUCCUCUCCCUCCACUACCGCAUCGUCUCUGGCGAAAAAGUCGACUCGUUUCUCCGGGCUAUGAAACCCGCCCCCGUGAACGCCGCACUGGUCAUCUUGCAAGACGGGACAGCCGGAUGCAGCGCCGUCGGCUCGAUACCCAGCCACGAAGACAAGUCCUGUGUUAACAAAGUGGCGGUGAGCUUGCAGCGGUCAAGGCUCGCGACGUUUGCAGCUGCGAUUCAGAUUGCCGAGUUUGCGGCGCAGGUGCAUACACUCAACCUGCUUGACGCUGAGAUUGCGAAAAAGGAGGGCGAGAGUCACACUCUGAGCGAUGCGAGCCUCCACUCGCAACAACACCCUGUGAUGCCUCGCGCCCCACCCACGGAACCGCAGAAGCAGCGUGUGACGGCGUUACGUGCAAGUCUCAUCAACGAGCUCGCGCGGCUAUCGGACUCGUUUGCGUUUGAUGAGGCGCGCAACUCGGCGGCCGAGGGCGGCGGAGAUAGCAGUCGAGCGAUUCGCCUGGUAUCGACGUUGCUUCUCAUCGAUUUGCUGAUUGAGCCCGGGUCCCCGUCGUCCUCGCCGACUGCGGCGAAAUCGAUCACCCAGCCGCUCGACGAGACUCAUCAGCUCGCGUCCUAUCCCACGCCAACCCGAUCACCCGAUCCCUUCAGACCCCUGCAAGUCUCCAGCGCACGACGUUGCCCUCCAUUACAAGCACAAGACCAGGAAACAUUCACCGGGGCAUCGCCGAUGCUCCUCCCCAUUAUCGAAGGCGUCCUCGAAGACGUGCGGUGGGUCGUCGUCAACGUGGACAACACGGUUGAAUCCGACUCGUGCCAAAACUCGUACUCGAAGUUGUGUGUCAUUGCCGUGCAUGCUUGCAUCGACGGGCUGAACAGUAUGAGUCGUUUGCAUGGAGUGAGGGAGGAUACGACAAGGGUGCAGUUGGAGCAGACGUGGAGUCAGCUGGAUGCCUUGUUGGUCGUGAAGCCGUUUUUGGCGGCGGGGGUUGAGUUGGUUCGGCCGGCUGCUGCUGCGCCCGAGGUGACUGUCGCACCGCCAUUGCAAGAUAUGGGUGUUGCCAGUAUGACGGAGGUAGAGCACGCAUCUGCCUCUUUGUCGCCGCAUCCGACACAAUCGCAGAAACGAUCGCGGGACCCGUCGCAUGAGCGCAAUCGCAGCCGGAGCAGGUCGCGGUCGUUUUCGUCGCCGGCCCUGGCGCUGAGAGGAGCGGAUACAUCCGAGGCGAUUGCCAUCGCCGCUCCAACCUCCCCGGCCAUGAUCCUGCCGCCAGCGCCGCCGCCGGCACCCCAAAGGCACCACUCAUCCCCGUCGAUGGGGACUCCCAAUUUUCCCAUGUCGGGGUCGCCGGAAGCCGUAUUCCAAACCUCGAAUCACCAAAGCAGCGCAGAUUGGGCAGCAAUGCUUUUUCCCACCAUGUCUGCGCCGGCACCCACGCCGAUACCGCCACCUAUACCCAUCAGCGCCGCCGCGCAACACGAUCCCACCAGUAUGUUAUCCGCGCUCCCAGCCAUGGCCUUCCCACAGCUCUAUGCCUCCAAUCCGCCACUGAUGCACAUGGCGACCCCCCUCGCCGCUCUCCUCCAAGCACACGCCGCAGCAGCAGCCGUCGCGAAUGCCACUCCCGCACACAACAACCAGGCCCUCGCUCUCUCCACCGCCGCCGCGUACGCUCAACACCCGCACCAUACCCACACAUCCAACCUCCUCACCAACCCGAUUUGGCCGCACUACCCGCAGCUGCCACUAUCACUCAACAUGAAUCCCACCGACGUCGCGGCGUCCAUGCUCCUGCAAGGCGUCGAUCUGAGCAUGUUUGUCCACCCGCACACGCAGCAACUGCUGGAUCCGUUGCACUACAUCCGCAGACACUCGGCGCCGGCUGUGCCCGUGCCCGUGCCUGUCCCACUACCGUCGCCGCUGACCGCCCAGCAUCCCCCGCAUCAUCAUGAGGCGAGCAUGGUGUUGCAGGACGAGUUCAUGAUCCCGCCGCAUAUGCAGCGACACGAGCAGGACGGGUUGGCGGAUAUCUCGAUGGGGAUGCCGGCCGCGCAUGACCAGCAGCAGCAUCAGCUGGAAGGCCCGUAUCAGCAGCAGCAGCAGGCGGCGGGCCUGCUUCAACAGCAGCAGCAGCAGCAGAAUUAUACCGAACCAUCCUCCACAGCGACCGCGAACCCAUCGGCGGCGGUGGAGGACGUGGACAUGGUCGCGCUCAUGGACACGGACCUGGACGAGAUGCUGUGGAGGAUGUGAGACUGGCGAUUGGGAGCACCCCCCCCCCCCCUUCCCCCCCUCCCCUUGCGAGUUGGCUUUUUUUUAGGGUUUAGAACUUCUCGUAGGUUUUAGGCAAUGUACUGUAUAUACCCCCCUUUUUCCUCUUUCCCACCUUUGUUGGGGUGGGUCCGUUUCAAAGACUUCAUACUUGCGCCCUUUUUUUUUUCUGGACCCCUUCGGUUUGUGCAAGUCGUUCGUUGUAUAUACCUCUAUUCUUGCACUUGGUCUUUUUUCUUUGGGGUUCUUGUAAGUAGGGUGUGUAGCUGGCUACAAUGGCAUUGGCGCUUUCACCGAU